AUGGCUACUUCUUCCUCAUCAGCUCAAGACCACCCACAAACCGCACCUGGCAGCCCACCACAACAACCACCGUCCUCCACCGCCUCUCGCCGCCUCCCGCCACCGUGUUGGUCCCAUGAUGAAACCGUAGCCCUCAUCGAUGGGUAUCGCGACAAAUGGUACUCUCUCCGGCGAGGCAACCUCAGGGCCCCACACUGGCAAGAAGUCGCCGACGCCGUCGCCGGAAAAUGCCCCAUCAAUCCACCGAAAACCUCCGUCCAGUGCCGCCACAAGAUGGAAAAGCUCCGCAAACGAUACCGAGCCGAGCUCCAACGCGCCUAUGCUACACCCAGUGGCCGGUACUGCUCGUCCUGGGUCCACUUCAAGAGGAUGGACUCCAUGGAAAAGGGUUCUUCAACCUCGUCGGCGGUCCCGGUCAAUACAGGUCCCGUUGACCGCGAUGAGGAUGAAGAAUUUGAGGACGAUCAAGUUGACCCAGAUCAAGAUUUGUACCCAAGAAGUGUUAAACAUGAAGUUCCUUAUAAUACUAGGAGCUUUUAUGGGUCUUUAAGGAAUGGGAUUGGUGGUGGAAGUGGUAAUGGAAGUGCUGGUGGAAGUGGGUUUCGAAUUAGACUUCCCAGGCGGUCGAGUAUUGAACCACCUGAGGAAAAGAUUUGCAAGAAAUUUGAUGAAAACCUUGGUUAUAGCCCCAAUCCUUACCCUAAUUUUGGGUCUAGUAAGGUUUUGAGAGAUGGGUAUAUGGGGAGAUUUGGAAUGGGAAAGAGGGGUGGUGAUGAGGGGGUGGGUAAGAGGAAAGAAGGGGAUCCAGCGGUGGAGAUGGUGUCGGCAAUUAAGGCUUUGGGAGAUGGGUUUGUGAGGAUGGAGAGGAUGAAGAUGGAGGUGGCGAGGGAGGUGGAGGCAAUGCGGAUGGAGAUGGAGAUGAAGAGGACUGAGAUGAUUCUUCAGUCCCAGGAGCGGAUUGUGGAGGCCUUUGCCAAGGCAUUUUCGUAUAAGAAAAACAAGAAGGCUAAGAGAAUGCCAACACCGGAGGCCUAGAUGUGUUGGCAUUGGAUUAUAGGUUUAUACCAUUUGGUGAGGAGUAGUGAUGAAUCUGGUUCUUUUGAUGUGCGGCACAGAGUUAGGAAACUCUCUGAUAUUGGGGACCUGCUGGAGCUAAUGAUAGAGGCCAUUGGUUUGGUCACUGGACUAGCAUAUAUAUUAUGGCUUCUGAAAGAUUUUGUGUUCACGUAGUCAACAUGGUUGAGUCAUGUUGUCUCCAGUACUGAAU